AUGCGUUACGUAUUAGGCAUUGGUGUUUUGGCUUUAGUUAUUGAUGUAAUAUUUGCUAAUAAUGGAAAGUUACCCCCUUUUGACAACGUGUUCAUGAUUUGCGAUUGUUUUGCUCUUCUUUACACAGGUGCUGUCUAUGGGACUUAUGAGGCUAUCAGAUACAAGGUCCCUGGCUUGCUGAAGAUCAGAUACAUUGGACAGACCACCGUUGGUAGUGCUGCAAUAUUUGGACUUUUCCUGGGAGCCGGGAGCUUGAUACACUGUGGAAAAUCAUAUUAGUUAGCAUUCUAAGUUUUGAACUCUACCCUUGUCCGUUGGGCCUCAAAGGAUCGACCAAGUGAACAUUUAUUUGAUCUUUAUGUAAAAGAUUACUAAUACCUGGUGGCUUGGGUUGGAAAGGACAAUCAGAUUCUUCUGUUAUCAUGUGUUGCUCUUCCUUUUGGUGUGGAAAUAAAAUUUGUUCAUCUGUAUGAGGGAUGCUGAUGGUUGAAGCAGCACCGGUGAAAACUGAAAAGUGGCCUUUUUGUAAUUCA